CCACUCCUAGCCCUUGUCCCCAAGUGCCACAUCCACAUGGCUUGUAAAUCCCUCCAGGGAUGGGCACUCCACCACUGCCGUGGGCAGUCUGUUCCAAUGCCACCACCUUUCCAGUGAGGAAAUUUUCCCCAAUAUCCAACCUGAGCCUCCCCCGGCCCAGCCUGAGGCCGUUCCCUCUCCUCCUGUCCCUGUUCCCUGGGAGCAGAGCCCGACCCCCCCGGCUGUCCCCUCCUGUCAGGAGCUGUGCAGAGCCACAAGGUCCCCCCUGAGCCUCCUUUUCUCCAGGCUGAGGCCCUUUCCAGCUCCCUCAGCCACUCCUCAUAUGACUUGUGCUACAGACCCUUUCCCAGAGAGGCCUUUUCCAAUCUUAGCAAUUCUCUGAUUUCCAAAGGUGGCUGCCCACAGGGCUUGCUUUCUUUAGCCACAGCUUUUGUUGCAACUUCAAUGCUUUGACAUGGCUCAGGUCUGGCACCAGGGGUGAAUCCUGUUUCCCUCAAGAGACAGGAGUAGUUUAUGCAAGAUCCAUGUGCAGCUGAGACAAGGCAAGAGAAUGUUGCUUAUAUCACAGCUUGGUUUCUGGUCACUUUCCCAGAGUAGGACCAAGAUAGAAAUAUCUGUGCAUUCACUGUCAUGGAGAACAUUCAGUAUUGCUGUGAAAGAAAGCAGGAGCAGCUGAAGGAACAUCCCCCAUGUUUCUUCUCUGUGCCUGAUUUCCUGGCUGGUUUUAGGGACAGGUAGUUUUUUGCUAAUGUGACUUUCCAUUAUAAAGUUUCCAUUGCUCUGGAAAAUAUUAACUGUGCUCUGUAGACAGACAGGCCCUGCAGUUAUAAGCGGAAUAUCCUAAAGAUUUAGUUCCCAGUAAUAAUAGGGCUAAACCACAGCACCACCAGAGGCAAAACCUAUAUUAUUUGAAAUAAAAUUUCUUAUAAAUAUCCAGCUAUGAAGUAAUUUUUUUAUCAGUUCCUCCUAUAUAAACUGGACAAGGCAAACUGUCCUAUCCAUCAGCAUUAAAGUUGCUGAAAAAAAUUUCUCUGUAUUAAUUGUCUGCAAGUUUUGGAGAUCUCCCUUUCCAUUAGACUUUCCCAGGAAGCACUGUGGUUGCCACUCUGAAGAACUUUGUUGGUAGCAGCACCAGUGUCAGCUUUGGACUUCAGCCUCCUCAUGUUCCUCCUGUCUCUGCCUCUGUAGAGGAGGGAUGAACAGGCACCCACAGCAGCCAGAGCUGACAUUGCUCAGACUGUCAGCUGCAAACACCUUGAAACAUUGCUGAAGUCAGAACCGUGUGGCUUUGGGGUUUUCUAUUUUGUUUUCUUUCAGCCACUCUCCAAAUGCUUAGAGCACAUUUCUUGCAGGUCUGCAGUAGGAGCCAGGCCAGUUUUCCAACCUCCUGCUGCAUGUUGAACCCAGAAGGGGCUAAGAAUAGCAAGGGGCACACAUGGACGUUGCUGGAAACUUUCACACUCAUGCCAGCCACACCCUGGUGGCAAAGCAUUAAUGAUGAGAUUCAUGAAAGCAGUGUCAGCACAUCGGACUGGCCCCAGAAAGGCCCUGCCUGCAGAUCCCAGGACUGCCCCAGCCCGCGCUUCUGGGAGGAACCAGCACAUGGCAUCAGUCACCCCCGUUUGCCACUUACUUCAACAAAAUUAAAUACUGCUCUCAGGAAGGCGGCAGAACUCCUUGAACUGAUCAUGCCAUAUGGAAAUACUGGGGAAAAGCCAGGGAAACUGCUUCACAGGCAGCACAGACCUUCCUGCUGAGACCAGGGCACGUGAAUGCUGCUCCACCUCCCUGUUCAGGACAUGAUUCUCCAAGGUGUUAUUUCCCAGGUGAUAACAGCUGGCUCCCCAUCACUGCAGCCUCCUGAGCUCUUGCCCUGCAGGCUGCACUUGGGGGCUGCUGGCUCAAAGAUCAGGGCACGGCGCUGUUUGUCCUGCAGCUCCAGCAGUGACAUUCAUCCACAGCUGCUUGUGUUUCCUUCUGGGAGAUAUUUAGGGUUCAUUUAAGGUUUGUGCUGAAAAUCAACACUUUUCCCUACAAAAGCAAACUUCAGGGAUUACAGACAUCCUGAAACAAUGCAUAUUUUAUUCCUGAAGCAGAUGGGACUAUGCCUUUAAUAUGCCUCUUCAAACCCAGCUGUGCAUCCUGCUCACUCUCCCUCCCUCUCCUCUGCUCUGACUGCCACACAUCCAUCCAGUGAGGGGAGUUCUCCUCAGCUUGUCAUAGCUGGCUUGAUAAUGAAAGACAUUCAGAGGGUUACCAGGCCAUUUCUCCAUGUUAUACCACAAUCCUUUAACCUCAAUGUGUUCCAUAUGAUCUCAGGAAUCUGUGACCUCAGCUGCACAUCAUCCGCCAGGUGGCAGCUGCUUAAACGAGACCGCAGGCACUGUAAUUUAAAGGCUGAACUCACCAAGAAUUCAGAUUACAUGAGUCAGGUAAAUGCCAAAAAAGUUUUCUAGCAUAUCCAUGAUGGGUCUCCUCUGUGCCAGCUCACAGGAGGUACUUUCUUAUGAUACACUCACUGUUUUACAGCUCUAAGAUCCCAGGUCUCCUGAGAGAUGCCAGACAAAGCUCACCAUUACCAGGUGAGCAGGGUGAGCAGGGGUGGAGCUGGCCUGCAGCCCCUUCUUGCUUCAGCUCAACUUUGCACAUAUGGCUUCACCCCUAUAAACAUUCCCUUACUUCAUAUGAGCCUUCGCAAAUCCUUGUCCUAUAGGUAUUUAUCUCCUACAGCUGUACAGAUAAUGAAAUAGACUGUGAUGAGUAGACCCUAUAAUACAAAACUAGAUGUCUGUUUAGGACUUGAUAAAGAAAUAUGAAAUAAAACACACGAAGCAGGACAAAAGAAUCAAUUUCCCAUUAAAUUGAGGGGGUUUUUUUCUAACUCUCAAUGUUAAAAGUAUCAAUUACACACAUGACUUACUUGUUUACAGUCUGAUUCAGAGUUCAAAGCAAAAACUUGCACCUACAGAAUAUGAAUUAUCCCAGUGAUCAGAGGAAAGGAACCAGUGUCCUGCAGGUAUCUCCAGGCUGGCUUUGAGAAGUCUUAUCAGUGUAGGCUGAGAGAAAUUAUAUUUUGUGGUGUUCAGGAGAAGGAAGUGAUUUUGAAGCAGCCUGCUCCUUAACUCAAAGGAAGAGGUAAUCUAAAAUGGUGCAGAAGGUAUGGAGCUGAACUUGGGAAAAGCCAUGGAAAUGUUUGGGAUGAAAAGUAAACAUAUGACCUCCAAAGAUUUGCGUUUGUGAAUACUGACAGAGGAUGCAAGGCUGGUACAACAAAAGACAUCCUUCACUGAGCUUAUACAAGCAGUUGCAUGCCAUGAACAAAAAACGAGGAGGAAAAGCUGCUUGUGGAAGAUUUUAGGAGAAGUAGGCAGAAGCAUAUUUUUUAUUUCAGCAUGUUAACAGUGUCUUAGUUUUAUGUGUUUAUCUUCAAACUGUGAUGCAUGUAGGGUUAUUUUAAGCUAACACCCAGAGACAUUUACUUUGUAGGCAGUGGUGAUCCUUGACCCAUGGCAUUGAGCUAUGCUUGCAGGGCUACAAGUCCGUGAUGCUUCACUUCCACCUCCACAGCCAGGAAGACAAAUUGCUGCUGAGCUGCAUGUGGUUUGAAUAAUAGUUACAGCCUAUGGGCUACAGACACAAAAUCUCAGCAGCAGGGCAAGGGAAGGAAUAUCACAGAAUCACCAGGUUGGAAGAGACCUUCAAGAUCACCAAGUCCAACCCAGCCCUAACACCUCAACUAAACCAUGGCACUGAAUGCCACAUCCAAUCUUUUUUUAAACACAUCCAGGGAUGGUGACUCCACCACCUCUCUGGGCAGACCAUUCCAGUAUUUUAUCACCCUUUCUGUAAAAAACUUUUUCCCAAAAUCCAACCUAUAUUUCCCUUGGUGCAGCCUAAAACUGUGUCCUCUCAUUCUGUCAGUUGCUGCCUGGAGAAAGAGACCAACCCCCACCUGAUACAACCACCUUUCAGGAAGUUGUAGAGACUAAUAGCUGUAGACAGAUUUCUUCCAGGAGAUAAGGAGCAUGUCUAAACCCUGAGAUGGAGAAGAAACAAUGCAACACCAGGUCAGAAACGACCCUGCAAAGCCAUCUCCCUGAACUGGCAGCCAUUUAUGCACAGAAAAAGCAUGGAAAGAAAUCCAUGCUACCUCUUUCAUCUUUCCUCAUAACCUGCAGUAUAAGCACAUCUUAAGAAACUAAGGCAGAGGAGUGCUUUGAAAAGAUGAGCACAGCAUCUAAUAGUUCAGUAGAAUCUCCUUCUGAAGCUGUAGCAUUUUGCUCAUGUUAGCCUGUGCUCUAAACCUUUGCACAUUGUUCUUAAGAGGCAAACAUGGACCACAUUAUUUUGUGUUGCAAAGCACAGUCACCCAUAAACACUGAAGAGAAAAUAUAUGGAGAGACAACGAUAGGUCCUUUAAUGGUUACAGGCAUAUUUCAGGUUAAACCUGGGAGUUUAAAGUCAAUUCCAGCUCUCUUGGAUUGCCUCUUGCUUGUAUAGAGCCUGUAAAUAAAGUGUUAAUUUAGAGCCCCUAGCUGUGAUCAGGAGUGGAUCACAUUUGGUGCUGCACCAAGCUCUAGUCUCUGGAGUACUGGUUAAGUCCCAGGGCACUGGGCUUUGGGGUGCUACUUUGUACACAUAUUUACCUUUUUGUGAUGAUCUAUUUUGCCUGAUGGAGAGGAGGGGCACUCAUAGCAGUGAAUUUUUUCAUUUUACACUCCUUUACCCUGUUCCCCUUUCUACAAUAGCUGCAAUGUAGUGUUUCAGUAGAGCAAGGCUUUGCAAAUUUGGCUCAAUGAGACACAGAGCAAAAAGCUUUUCAGAGAGCUUCAACUCAGCUGUCAGAAGGGGCAGUUUGGUCUCUGUGCAAGCAGUACUCACAUUCCAAACUGCAUCAGAGAAAAGCUGCUGGGUUUUUUAUGCAUUUUUGUUAUCAGUUCCAGAUUAGGAAUCUGAUACUCAUUUUUUCUUAAAGCCUGUGUUUGGAGUACAGCUUAUAUUCUAAAACAAAACCAGGAUUGUGAUGUUUUUCUCUCACUAGCUUGCUCUUUUUUUGGUUUGUUUUUCUUUCCUCUCCUGGCUUUAUUCCAAAGACCUUUUCUGCUUUUUGUUACACUCUCGAGAUGAAGCACUGGAUGGUUACAGCAGUGCUGGUAGCACUGGUACAGGUUUCGCAGAGUUUCCCUGCCUUGUACCACCGAGGCUGGUGGAGACUGCUCAGGGAAGGAGAUAGUUGUGGAAAAUGUGAUUUGGCACUCUGCUCUGAGCCGAAGGACUGUCCGGCCGGGACUGUGCUGGAUCGCUGCGGCUGCUGUUCUGAAUGUGGGAACGUGGAAGGUCAGAUCUGCGACUUGGACCAGGGCAAUCAUUUCUACGGGCAAUGUGGGGAUCACCUCGAGUGCACGUUGGAUGCUGAUGAAGCAAGAUUUGGGGAAGUCCCUGAACCCCAGUGUGUGUGCAAAUCUCAAGAGAGCAUCUGUGGAUCUGAUGGGAAAACCUAUGAAAACAUCUGUCAGUUCAACAAGGCUUAUGCUGCAAAAAGAAACAUCAGCAUGAAACAUAAAGGGCCAUGUGAAUCAGCUCCUGUUAUUUCUAUGCCGCCUCAGGAUGCCCAGAAUUACACUGGCAAUGAUGUCAUUUUUGGCUGUGAGGCGUCGGCCUAUCCUAUGCCACAGCUUGAAUGGAAAAAGAAGGGGAGUAAAAUGUUUUUGCCAGGAGAUGACACCCACCUCUCAGUUCAGGCAAGAGGUGGGCCUCAGAAAUAUGGUGUGACAGGCUGGCUGCAGAUUCAAGGCCUCAAAAAAUCAGAUGAGGGCAUUUAUAUCUGCCACACCAAAAACAAGCAUGGUGCAACAUAUGCUUCUGCAAGAUUGAAAGUCAUUGAUGACCCAUCUCCUGCAUUUGCAUUUCCUGCUGGCAGUAGAAGUGCAAGCUACAGCAUUGAAUACAAGGAGUAUUAUGACAAUUCUGAUGAGGAAGAUGAUGAAGAAUAUGAAUCCGGGAACUACGAUAAUGAAAACAACUCUGAAUAAUAAUUUUUAUACAUCAGUUGUCUAAAUCCUUUCACAUUGUUAUAUUUACUAGUAGUCUCUAGUAGUUCUGUAACAGGCUCCUGUGGUAACACACAUACUCACCUGUGUAUCCACCUUCCUGAAAUGCAGCUUUGGAUGAAGUGUAUCAUGCUACUCAUCAGAAAUAAGAACAGUUGUAACACCAUAUAUUUAGACUAUUAAAUAACAUCCUUCACAAUGCACCAUUCUACUAAGUAUGCUGAAAGGAUCCAAUUUUAUAUUAAUUUUUAAAUUAUCUUAUUUCUUUCAAACAUUCUAGUUUGUCUAGCAAAACUGCCAAUAGUUAAACAAUAUUUUUACUUUGUAUCAAUUUUCUUUUUUUUUCAAUAAAGUACUUACUAAGAAAUAUCAAGAGAUUGUUCACAUGGCAACAAGCCUAAGGAAGUACGGAGGUUGCAAAACAGUCUUUAAUCUCCUUAGUUCAUGUUUUCUCAUAAGUUUCAGCAGGAUUUUCCUUCUCAUUUGAAAUUUUUUGUGUCUCAUCAAAGGUAUCUGUCUUUUGGGGGAUGAUUUUGUUUACUGUUAAUAGAUACAUGAAGCAAUCAUGGUCUAAAGCCAGUAAGUGCUGUUUUACAGUCAAUACUCAAACACAGCCAAAAAAGAUUCCUUGUGCCUUCAAAUCUGUGAGCACACCUUUGGGCUGCUUCUUGUAACAGCUCCUGCAUUGCUCCCCACAGCAAGGGCUCCCUCCCAGCAGCCUGGGAGCAGUUCAGGGCUCGGGAUCAUGAUCCCUGAACAGGAUACUGACUGGGGGGCAUUCCUGCAGUUUAAGGGCAGCAGCUGCUCCGUAGCUCCCCUUCAAACACACAGGGAUUGCACUCCAGAGUCAGGAUCUGCUCUUUGUCUGGCGCUGUGAACAAGGUGCCCCUAUCCCCAAGGCAUCAGUAUUGCCAGGCUGCUGGAAGGGCAGCAGGAACACAAACAUUGUUCCAACUGAUCCAUGAACCAGACAGCAAAGGAGAUGGAGUCAAAAACACAGCCCUUCCAAGGGCUGAGUGAGCACCCUGAGAAAUUUCUCCAAUUGCUUUUGUUAACUAUAUACGUGAAGGCUAUCUCUGAGUUAAUGGAUAAUGGAAAACAUCAACCCUGCACUUACACCUCUGGUUCCCACUUGGCUUAGGGUAGAUGAACAGCAGUAAAUUACUGAACACAUUCACGACUAAAGCAGCAGAAGCUCAAGCAUUUGCAGGGAAAGCCUUGGUAUGUGCAUGUUCCAUGCAGUGAUCCCUGCACACACUAAGGUCACCACCAGCUGGGUUCAGGGUGACAAGGAGGCUUCUUUAAGGGCACUCUACACAUACACUGUGUAGGAUUUUUAAUGCAUAUACACUGCCUCACAAAUUCUUCUUUUAAUGUGCUAUUUGUGCUUUUUUUUUUUUUUUUCCUUUCUUUCAGAAAGAUUUUUCUUUUCAAUUUGAAAUUCUUUAAGAAAUUGGCUAUAGACUGUGUUUGCCCUGAGGUGUUAUUGACCUCUGUCCAGCAAACAAACAAAGAAUAAUUUAUUUCAUUUCAGGCUUCAUGGGGUAUUGUCAGCUUAUGACAAGAAAGUGUGCCAUUGUGUUAUUGAAAAAGAUUAAUUAGUUUUAAUUAGGAAUAGGAAGUUGCUUCAUAUUUAACUACUGAUUUUGUUUUUAUGGACUCUUUCUGGUCUUCUUAGAGACAUGGUAAUAACUUUUUUUGCUUAUCCACUAUAUAUUAAUGUAAACAUAAUAUUAUCUGAUAGAAAUUACUGAUUAGUUUUUAUGGAACUAUUUAAUAUGCAGACAUAUACUCAAGAUCAAUUGUGAUCUGCAUUGCAAAUAAAUGGAUUAGAUUACUAAAGUAAUCAUUAAGUGGUGGCAAUAUAUACUGGUAUAGUAUAGUACAUGGCACAGAAAAUAAUCUUGAAAACAUUAGCCAGAGAAAGAAAUUAAAAUUCUUCAGGGCCUUUUGCUGUUGUUAAGGGAAAAUGAAAAAUGGAAAGAGAGGAAUGUUUGAAUGAGAAAAUGUGCAGCAGAACUCUAGCAAAUACCAGUCUGCAAGUGUUUGGCCUGAUGGAGUAUGUCUAUUUAAGAGAAGCUAACAGUCCCUGAAAAAAGAAUUUUAAGUUAAAUAUAUUGCAUUUCUCUCUCUAUGUAUUUUUUAAUAUUUAAUUUUAAUAUUUAAUAAAUUCUUGUAAAUUAUCAGCCAUUCCUUUCAGUAAGGAAAUUGCAUUUUAAGAAAAAUCUCAGUGUGAUGCAAAAAACGGAACAUUGAUACCUUGAAAAAUUCCUAGGGUUUUGGUUUGGUGUGGGGUUUUUUUGUGUGUGUGUUUUGUUUGUUUGUUUGUUUGUUUGUUUUUGGUUUUUUGUUUGUUGUUGUUGUUGUUUUGUGGGAGGGGACACAAAUGGCUGAUUUUGUUUAUAUGUUUUAAUCAAGUAAUUUAGUAUUAAAUUUUAAAAAGUGUGGAGAAGACUCAGUCCUCUCUAAGCAGUAUACUGGUGUGGAUCUCAUUGUGAAUGUACUGCCUGUAGCAACAAAUCUGUUCACCUAAGGCAAAGGAACAGCCAGUUCAAGAAGUGAGGUUUAUUCCAGCAGCGGGAAAUGAGCCCGGCUUGAGCUGAAAACAAUGUGUUAGUCCUGUAUUUCGCAGGGCAGACUUAAAGCCUUCUUUAAUUGAGUUUCCACAGAAGAUUGUUAGAUUUUGUUACAUGCAAGUCUGAACUUCAUGGCACAGCUUCCUCCUGCCACACAAGCACCUUUACUUGUCAUUUCCCCCUCACACUUGAAGGUAAAGGAAUUGUACAGAAGUUGCUCGAGAAAUUACACUGAAGGACCUUUGAGCAGGAGCCUGACAUAGGCUAGGGUACUUUCACAAUCUAACAUUAUUACUUGCUGUGUUCAGGUUUUGUCAGCUAUUAGUCUAGGAAUCCACUAAUACUUUAACUGGAGCAAUUUUCUUCCCCUUAAAAUAAUCAGGAUAUAGCUGACAGAAAUCAAAUCUAGAAAGGCAACUUUUUGUGUACCAGAGAUUCAUAUUAUUCAGGUGAUGGUUAAAGGGGGUGCCAGGGCUGCCCUGUACAGCUGAGCACAGUGUGGACUCCCUGCCUGCCCCUGAAAUA